UUGAAUUCAAAACGCUGCUUUAACGCCGAUUUCAAUUGCAUGCAUGACCAAUAACGCGUUUCGUUUUUCAGAGUUCGAAACUGCGGCAUUUUGCGUAGUAAAAGCUUUUUAUGUGUUCCUAAUGCAGUCCACGCAGCAAUCCGAUAUCAUGCAGUUUGCCUUGGAGCCGCUGAAUCAGAAAGUUACGGCAAAAAUCCGAAGUCUUUAUGACGCCCAGCUGCGGCUGAUGCACAAUAUUCAGCCUCUGCCGUCGGGUAUCGACAUCGCCAACACCGUCAAGUACUUCUCGCAGACGCUGCUCAGCGUGUUAAAAGAUGUGCCGAAAUCUCCUCUCGAAAUGAUGAGAGACGCAGAUAAUGAUGCUGAACGAAUGAGCCUGUAUCCGAAUCUCGAUUAUAAAGGACUAUUUAAUGCAAUAUCACAACUUGUGGAUUCUGCACCGCACCUGCAGUAUGGGAUUCAAGCAUUCGGCCAAGCGGUGCUACAAUGCCUGGGUUGCCUGAUGCCGUUCCUAGAAUAUGACAUGAUAGAUAACUUGCCAUAUCUAGUCGCGUACUGUGUUGCUGUGUUCCCGGCAAAUUUACAUCAAGAUAUACUGCAUUUGUUGUGCUAUUAUAUACUGCCGUUUACGAUCACACGCCGAUAUGCAGGGAUGGAAGAAGAAAGUGAAGCAUCACAGUCAGUAGGUGCUGUGAUUAUGAUGGUGUUUCAACAUUCCAACAAUCCAGCCCACCACUGUCAAUUGCUCGAAUGUCUCAUGUCCAUGAAGCAAUCGGUAGUAAAAGAUGUGCUAUGUGUGAUUGCAUAUGGUACUUGUGGAGCGAGAUUAUCAGCUGCCAAGUUACUCUUCUACUAUUGGCCGCCUUUUGAUGCCAAGCUGUUUGAUAGAAAAGGACUGCUGUGCAAAUUUUCAAAUGACCUGGUACCAUUCUUCUGUCAGCGAGACAUGUGUCCCAACGCGGGUUCGGCUGAAGCUGCGAAAGUGUGCUACGAUCAUUGUAUUAGUGUCACUUUCGCGUCGGAUACUCCGCCGCCAUUGUAUCUGUGUAUUGAAUGUGCUAAUGAGAUUCAUAGGGAACAUCCUAAUCAACGUUUCUUCGACAUUCUCCAUCCGCAACAACAAGUGUCUAUGGUCUGUGAAAAUAAGAAUUGUCGGUCUACUGAUAAGGCAGCUUAUUCAAUCUGUUUUUCAAACGAAUGUGCCAGUUACAAUGGCAAUCAUCCUAUCAGGUAUUGCGGUCAGUGCCACGGCAACCGACACAACAGCCGGCGCGGAGGCGACCACGUGCUGCACACGCGGCUGCCGCCCGCCUGGCAGAUGGACAGCGACAUGCAGACCAACCUCGUUGAGGCUAUCAUCAGUCUCCUCAAAGAAGCAAAGCCGAUUAAUCUAGAAGAUCCUGACAGUUCAGCGGAGCAGAUUAAAUCACCGCUCAGCGUUAAAUUGCCUGACCCUAUUUCUGUGGAAGAUCGCCAACUGCUUGGAAGAUACGGCGUAUGGCUAAUGGUGGGAUUAUGUACUCCCAAUCCGGACACUCCUGACGAGGUUUUGGGCAGAUUACUGUCAGUACUAUUUCAUUGGUUCCAUGUCACUUCAUUCUCUUAUACUGGCGAAACAGCGAACACAGUGGAGAAGCUAAAAUGGGAGCACGUGUGCGGCUGGAUCCGCGGUCUCGCGGAGACGCGCAGACGCGCGCUGGUGGCGUGCCUGCUGCCGCACCCGCCGCACCACACGCGCCACGCCGGCCACUGGGACACGCUGGCGUCGCGCGCGCACCACCUGCGGGACGGCCUGAACAGGUUAUAUUGCUUGAUACCAUACGGCAUCAUAACACAGUCUAUAUGGGACUACAUAAUGCCUGCUUGGAUGGAAGCUAUUUGCACUGAUGUACCCGAAAAGGAACUAAUGGAGCUAAAAGUGCCCGUAGCGAAGAUUCUGGAACCAGACGGCAGUGUUGUUGGUGACGAGAUCAAUCUGUAUAACUUUGCAACACUGAAGGUCACUGAUAAACCUCGACCAGAUACUGUGCUGCCAGUAUUAGAGUGGUUUCAGACAAUAUCCUUCUUGGAAGUUAAGAUACCACUGUCCACUCUAUUCGAGCUGUUUAGCCAUUGCGUCAUCAAUUUGCCAGAGAAGAUAUUUAAACCGCAACCUGAAUGCACAAAGCCAAAAGAAGGAGAAUCGUCCGAUUCACCGAACGGCAAUGACAAGGAAAGCGAUGAUCAGAUGAAGCCGCAGAAUUUGACUUGUUGUAUCCUCAUGCUGGAUAUUUUGUUGAAACAGAUGGAACUACAACAACAUCGUAUCAACAUUCAGAACGUUAGCAGUGAAGCGACCAAAUUGCUUCGACUGAUGCUCAAAGCGAACCAAGUCAAUACUAUUGAACAUUCGGUGUGCAUGUGGGGUGUGUCCUGUUCGUACUGUUCUGCGGCUGCGCUGUGCCACCAAUUAGCAGUGCGGCUUGUGAGAGCUCUGCUACCUGAUACUAAGAAUUUGGAGGUGCAACCGGUCCCCGAAGAGUCGUGGUCGGACAAGCGCUCGACCGAGGAGGAGUCCCGGCGCUUCGCCCCCGCGGCCCCCCCCGCGCAGCCCGCCGCAGAGCGCUCCUCGCUCGGGGGCGUGCUGUCGCACAUGCCGCAUAUAAUGACAGCAACAGUGGAGACGAUCACAGAGCAGCUAGACAUGGCGGUAUCACUACCGCCGGCAGAACAGCCGCCCACUGCUGUUGCGCACUCUGUGACUUUGACGGACACUGAUGUGGCUACUGCUACCGCUAAUGUAUCCACACCUAACUUACUGGGCGAACAUGAAGCAGAAUCGGUAGAGGAUGACAUAACUAACUUUUGGCCGACUUCAGCUGGUCGCUUUCACUUCUGCAUUGAGGAGUUACCGCAAGAACUUCAGUAUAUACAUCAGUUGUUACAGGAGUUGAAAAACACGACAAGACCGGAUGUACUAUAUUACUUAUUACAAUGCUUGCAAGUACUCGUGCUGAACACAGAUGCGUUGGCAGAACAUAAAGGUUUCUUGAUUUGGUGCCAAGAAAACCUGCUUAUAGACAACCUGUGGAACGUGUGCGACGCGGCGCAGUCGCACAUCGCGUCGGUGGCAGUGCCGGUGCUGCUGCACUGCGUGACGCUGGCGGGCGGCGCCGACGUGCUGUGCGCACUGCUGCGGGACGCCUUCCACCAUGCCGACCCCACGCGCCGCUUCACCGCCGUCGAGCGCGUCACCAUGCUCGUGCGCUUCAUGGACGGGUCUCCAAUAAAAACGAGUCUCCCGCUACAAACAGCGCUAGCAACUGCUUUCUGCUACUUGAUAUCAAGUAUGGACGAUAUCAACGUGUACGUGGCGCAGCGGGCAACACUGUACAUUGGGACUAUACAUGAUAAUGCUAUUGAGCUGCUCCUCUAUUGCCUGGAGACCCAGUUCGACCUGGUGAUAGUGGACCGUCCAAUGAUUCUCCAGUCUGUAUACCAGCUACAUAACACUCUCAGUGACAGACGAAUUCUAACCUGGGACUUUUUCCUGAAUCGAUUCGAAGCGCUGUUCUUGGAGGCUCAAAUCAAUACUAAUAAAAAUGUAGAUUUUUCUAAUUUGAGAGAGCUAGUAAGCAGUUCCACCAGCUCCGAGUGGUUCAUGUACAAGGUGCGUCGUGCACAUGAUGCACUGAGUGCGGUCGCGCGGGAGCCACACACACAUACACAUACGCAUACGCACGCGCACGCACACGCACGGUCACUAUCUGCGUCCUUUGGGGCCAAGUGGCCGUAUAAAAGGACCAUAUCUGCACCAGCUGCUGUUCCUCCUCAACCUGCUGAGCGUGAGAAAAUCUAUUCGCGCCAGUAUUCUGCGCCACUUCUGAAGAGAAAGACAUCGAGAUUCGGCUUGGGACAGUUACUGCCCACGCCGCAACAAUCGGGGAGUUCACAGAAAACCAAUAAUGACACAGUCCACUCAGUAUCGGGUCGAUCAACAGAAGACACGGCAACAACAGUGUUGCCGAAAGCUGUUGAUCUCGAAGAAGCUGAUAAAGAAACAACGAAUUUGUUGGUGUUCUUGUUAAUGCAGUUUUUGUCCAGAUCGGAUCAAGCCCACCCCACAGACGAGAAGACAAACAACAAUAAAACUCAAGACUUGGUUUUAAAACACUUGUUUCUUUUACUCGGAUACAAUUCAGUUGACAAGUACUUCACUAUCACUCCGCAGACUUUGAGGAUGUCAUCAAUAUUCAACGCGUUCAUGGCCAAUCUACCUCAAGUUUUAGACCAGAACUAUAUGAUGGGUGCAAGUAUUGCUGAACCUACUUUGCUGUUAUUACAGUACUGCUGCCGGCCCUCCGCCCCGUCGUCCGCGUCCUCAUCGCUGGGGGGCGCAGUCCCCGGCGAUACCGCAGCGGGGGCUCCGGUCACACACUCGCUGGAGGCGCUGCAGCCACAUGUGCGCCGCCAUUGGCUGAUGGCACUGCUCGUUAUAUUGUAUAAGUACCACUACGGCAGCGGAGCGGUGUGCGCGCUGGUGGGCUGGCUGGUGCGCGUGGUGCUGAACUGCGUGCAGCACCAGCACCACCGCUGCCGCCGCAUCCCGCCGCUGCUGCUGCUGCCGCACGCCAGAGAGCCCCGCGAGCACGCGGAGGGCGCGCCGCACAAGUCGCCCGCGCACUGGCCCGACGCUGCCGAACCUGCUAAAUAUAAACAAUGGAGCGUGGAGCAAGAAUCGUCUGAGAGCGAACUCAUCGCCAUCCCGGAGACCAGUGAUAAAUCUGACACCACUGUUCAUGGCAGUACGGCUCCUGGUUCAUUUGACGAACCAUCUCACUAUGAGGACUCGCCGAAAGUCGACGCUCAAACUGUCGUUGCGUAUCCCACAUUUAAUAAAAUCCCACCCAUGGGAUCUCGAUCAGCCCAUCAGCUGUCCACAAGUUCGUCAGUAUCUAUUGGAAGUGAUUCUUCUAAUCUUAAAUCGACACCCAUGAGCGGACAGUCAGUAGAAAUAUGGCCAGAUCAGUUGCAUCAAACUUCUCCAAGGGCUAAAAUACUUGGCAAGCAGAAGAGAGUCGUAGCGGCAGGCAGCAGUACAUCACCAGAUACAUUACCGUCGUCCAACGGUGAUGCGGUGCCUCAACCGCAGCUUCUAAAGAGUCCUGCGGGUAUAGCAUACGCCUCCCCGGAGUCCCCACUAUCCAAGAUGGAGGUAUCGUGGGCGCCGCAAGCCCCGCCCACGUGGCGCGCGCCGCCCACGCUGCCGCUGCCCACGCCCGCGCCCGAGAGAUUACUGCCAAUUGGUCCAAAACCAAACAAAGAACAGUAUCCAGUGUUCAACGCUUUGGUUGACAGAGUUCGUGAAGCACUGAACAUUCAUGAAGACUCGUUCCAAACGGACUCAAGUUCGCGCUCGGAUCAAGAAGCCACGCCCACGCCCACGUCUCGACCGCACGAUCUGACUAAGGGAUUGUCUUCUGAAAGUACAAGGUCUCCCAGACGUUUAGCGAGACAAGUGGCUCAGUUGGAGUCACCGGUACUGCACACCCCACCGCCCAGCCCGCUGCACUCGCGCACUAAACAAUCUGAGAGCACAUCGAGCAGCUGGUGGGGCGGGGCGGGGCGGGCGGGGCGACGCGCAGCGCACGCGCACGCGGCGCACCCCGCGCCCUACCGACCGGACGCCACGCUGCGCUACCGGUGCGCAGAAUGCGGCGGUUCAGUCGAACAGUACAGCGACGAAGAACUAGGGCUGUGCGUGAUAGUUCUAGGCACGUUCGUACGCCGUGAGCCUGCUGCUGCUGCGCCGAUGUUGCCAGCCCUACUGCAUACUGUUACGAGAGUGGUCCAACUCGGCAACUACACGUGGCAGACGGAAACCAACACCCGCUUACCUGGUAGUGCUGUGUUUGUCGCGCACCAAUUUUUGCGCUGCGUACUGCAUCAGCUCGCACCUAAUAAUGUCUUCCUGCAGGUGUUCUUGCAGCGGACACCUGAAAAACAACGAAAAACAUUCUUCAAGAGCGUAGCGCACUCAUUCGUGGACUUCAACGAGCUGUAUCCGUGUGGACCUCUACAGUUGGUCAUUGAACAUUUGAACUCCAAGAAAACAUUGCCUAUUGAUCAAUUGCCAACGAUAAUGGGCAACAUGGCGCUGUACCUGGAGAGCGUGGCCGCCGAAGCGCUGGGCGGAGCAGCAGCGUGCGGCGCGCUGCUCACUGCGCUGGACGCGCUGCUCCGAGCUGCGCUGCUGCAGCUGCCGCAGCUGGACGACGUGCUGCCGCCGCUGCGCCUGUGCGCUGCUGCACUGCGCAUACCCAACGCGCACCAGCACAAGAGUCUGCUAGAACCAAUGUCAAAAAUCCUCAGCUACGCCGUCCAAAACUUCGUGCUCAAGCUAUCCCUGCUGUGUGAGCUGUGUGCAGCUUGCAUGCGAGCAUUCGCUAGAGACCGGGACAAGCUGCUGCUGUGCCGUGUGCUUGUGUAUGAGCUGGUGCAAGCUUUACGAACGAAGACUACUGUGCCUGAUGAUAACCUGUUUAUAUUGAUACAGUUUGUGCUGCAAGGUCACGGCUGCACACUAGUGCUGCCCCCCGCACUAUCGUGCGGUGCACUACUGCACGGGGGGGCGGAGGCCCGCGAGCUGGGCGCAGGCCCUGUGGACUGCAUGCGGCCGCACCUGCCCGACAUGGUGGAGCUGCUGCACGACCCGCACCUCAUGAACAAGAUCAAGGGUUCCGUAUCAAAAUCGAUAGUGAACCGCAACCUAAUCUGCCUGAACGAGGACACACUGGGCGCGAUAGUGAAGGGCGGAAUCGCGCAGUACGUGGCCAUGGAACUGGCGUUGGAACAGCGGGGGUCAAAACAGGAAAGGGCUCAGCCAAGUCGACAUUUGAUGCCGCCCUUAAGUGCAGCACCUGCUGGUUCGCGCGAAGUAGUAGAAUGCUACGGCCGUAUCCGCGUAGUGUCGUGGCUGGUGCUGGGCGCGCUCACCAACGCCCGCGGCUCUGCGCCACUGCACCAACCCCUGCCACUCGACGCCACUUGCAACCUUACCGAUCAUGUGCAGAUAAUAAUGUGCACAUACGUGGAGCAGUGCAAGUCGGGCGGCGGGCGCAUGAGUGCGCUGUGGCAGGCCUUCCUGUUGUGUCAGCUGUGGACGCUCUACCUUGAGAAGGUGGCGAGCACAUCAGCGCCAAGCAGUGAGGCGCACAACACGGCGGCUGCUCUGCUGCUGCACUUCUGGUGCAAGCUGGUGCCCACGCUGCUGCAGCUCACGCACGCCUCCAAGCUGUUGGCUGAAACGGUAAACCUGCACUUCCUGAGUCUUCUGGAGUCGUUACUCGAAUGUAACUCGACGCUGCUCAACAAACUUCUACCGCUGUGGACUCCAUUGCUACAGUCGCCACUUUUUAAUAUGCCACGUCACGUAGCCCAGCGCCUUGACGCUUGCCGUGAGCUCCAACCGGACGUAGUACCGGUCCCCACUUCGGGGCCCACACAGGCCCCAGGAGCCCCGGGGGCCCCACACGUCCCGGGGGCCCCGCAGGCCCCACACUCACCUGGCGGAGAAACAGCAGCUAGCAAGGAACAUAGGAGAUUGUAUAGGUUAUUGUCGAAGAUGGCACAGUUGGAGCAACAGCCGCAUUCUUUUUAUUUUAUUUAAGUGAUUUUUUGUUGUGUUUAUUUCUAGGAAAUUUUAUAGGGGGUAUAGAUAGAUUAAAAAUUAUAUUAAAUUUUGAAUUAGCAUUGGGAGUGACAAAGAAAUUGAAAUGAAGGAAAAAUAAGCGAGCAGAUAGGUCGCCUAAAAUUAAAUGAUAUAAGGAUCCACGAAUAUGUAUAAGGUGGCCUCAAUUAGAAGUAAGAAUUGUAGAAAAUACUAAAUAGGUAUGAAGAGCGAUGUUGAAAUGAUAUAGGCACAAAUAAAGUUUGAAUUAAUGUCGUUUUUUUGUGUGUUGAAGUUGAUGUGUAUUUAUUGUCGUUAUUAUACAAACUUUAUUUAUAUAGAAGAAUUUGACAACAAAAAUAAACAUUAAAUGUAUUAUUUAGAAAUGGUUGGAAUUAUUGUGUUAAAAAUCAUUGAGGUAAUAGACAACUAGCCUCACAGUCGUCUAUUAAAAAAAGGCCGUAAAAUAAGUGGAGUUGUAUAA